AUGAGAUUGAAAAUCCUACUGAAUGGCAUGGCUUUGGCCUCGCAAACUAUGGCUGCACUCUCUGAGUCGGCGCUGCAAAAGCGCUAUCCAACAGGAUCCUUCUCCAUUCUUGCCUAUGGUGUCGCCCCUGCGGGAGUCAAAGUUUUUUUUUCUGACGGACUUGCAUAUGUCGGCGAUUCGUCUCAGUGGGUGUCUGGAUCGGUGACAUCCGACGUUAUGUUCGUUUUCAAAAAUUCCCAAAUUAUCGCCACAGCUACUAGCAAGGAUUGCACCUUCGAUGCUGACACGUUCUUCUACAUCCGUCCCACACCCAACAAGGUGCUACCUGUGGGAUUCACAGGAAACGACGUCGAUACACCGGAUGAUGCGAAGGUAGAUCGAUUUCUUUUUUACGGCAGAUAUCUCAUGUGGCAAAAUGAGAAUGGACUCUUGUGCGAUUCCUUCCGUCUGAAGGGCACAGCUGUCGAUGAUAUUUACCAGCUUUACUGGGACACUUCAAACAUUUAUCCCCCCGGCUUCUUGAUUCCAACUGUUAAGUCGUCUAUUUGA